GCGCGCGCUGUCUGAUAUCUACCCGGAGGGCUGACAGCUUAGCGCGCCGGCCAGCGGUCCCCGAACCCUCCUGGCUGUGUAGGAAGCUGCCCGGGCAAGGAUCGUGUGCGGCACUUGGUCCUUUUCCCUGUCGUUACAGGGAAUAAAUCUCCCUCGAAACAGACUGACCCGCUCCGAGAAAGGGGACAGAUAUUCAAGAUCCCUUCAUCUUCCUUCCCGUGGACACCGAGCCCAGCAUCGGCAGCGUCCGCGGGCAGCGAUUUUGCCAGGUGUUUGUCACAUUGAAAAAUGGCUAAUGGGCAAGAUCGGGUAGUUGCUCUAGUGGACAUGGACUGUUUCUUCGUUCAAGUGGAGCAACGGCAAAAUCCUCAUUUGAGGAAUAAACCUUGUGCAGUUGUACAGUACAAAUCAUGGAAGGGUGGUGGAAUAGUUGCAGUAAGUUAUGAAGCUCGUGCAUUUGGGGUCGCUAGAAACAUGUGGGCAGAUGAUGCUAAGAAGUUAUGCCCAGAUCUUCUACUGGCACAAGUUCGUGAGUCCCGUGGGAAAGCUGACCUCACCAAGUACCGGGAAGCCAGUAGGGAAGUGAUGGAGAUAAUGUCUCAUUUUACUGCGAUUGAACGUGCCAGCAUUGAUGAGGCUUUUGUAGACCUGACCAGUGCUGUACAGGAGAGACUACAAAAGCUCCAAGGUCAGCCUAUCUCAGCAGACUUGUUGCCAAGCACCUACAUUGAAGGGUUGCCCAAAGGCCCUAUGACAGCAGAAGGGACUGUUCAGAAAGAGGAAUUGCGAAAACAAGGCUUGUUACAGUGGCUUGAUUCUCUUCAGACUGAUAAUACCGCCUCUCCAGACCUACAGCUCACCAUGGGAGCAGUGAUUGUGGAGGAAAUGAGAGCAGCCAUAGAGAGGCAGACUGGUCUUCAGUGUUCAGCUGGAAUUUCACACAAUAAGGUCCUGGCAAAACUGGCCUGUGGACUGAACAAGCCCAACCGACAGACCUUGGUCUCACAUGGGUCAGUCCCACAACUCUUCAGCCAGAUGCCUAUUAACAAAAUCCGUAAGCUUGGAGGAAAGCUAGGAGCUGCUGUUAUUGAAAUCCUGGGGGUACAAUACAUGGGAGAACUGACCCAGUUCACUGAAUCCCAGCUCCAGAGUCAUUUUGGGGAGAAGAAUGGAUCUUGGCUAUAUGCCAUGUGCCGGGGGAUUGAACAUGAUCCAGUUAAACCCAGGCAAAUACUCAAAACCAUUGGCUGUGGCAAGAACUUCCCAGGAAAAACAGCUCUGGUUACUCGGGAACAGGUACAAUGGUGGCUUUUGCAAUUAGCCCAGGAACUACUGGAGAGACUAACCAAGGACCGAAAUGAUAAUGACAGGGUGGCCACUCAACUGGCAGUGAGCAUUCGUGUACAAGGGGACAAACGUCUCAGCAGCCUGCGCCGCUGCUGUGCCCUUGCUCGCUAUGAUGCUCACAAGAUGAGCCAGGACGCAUUUGCUGUCAUCAGGAACUGUAAUACUUCAGGGACCCAAACUGAAUGGUCCCCUCCCCUUACAAUGCUUUACCUCUGUGCUACCAAAUUCUCUGCCUCUGCCCCUUCACCUGGCACAGACAUCACCAUCUUCUUGAGCAAUGACCCAAGUUCUCUGCCAAAGGUGCCAAUGACCACCAGUUCAGAAGCAAAGACCCAGGGAAGUGGCCCAGCAGUGACACCCACUAAGAAAGCAGCCACUUCUCUGGAAUCAUUCUUCCAGAAAGCUGCAGAAAAGCAGAAAGUCAAAGAAGCUUCACUUUCAUCUCUUACUGCCACUACCCAGGCUCCUAUAAGCAGUUCACCAUCAAAGCCCUCAUUACCUUUCCAAACCAGUUGUACUACAGGCACUGAGCCCUUCUUUAAGCAGAAAAGUCUACUUCUAAAGCAGAAACAGCUUAAUAAUUCUUCAGUUUCCUUCUCUCCACAAAAACAACAGUCCAGCCCUAAAGAGUCACCAAACUAUCUUCCAACAGAGUAUCCAGAUUGUGCCCCUGUCUGUGAAAAAGUGUUGCAUCUAGAAUCCUCUAAAGGAACUCCUGCAGAGAUGGAUUUAGCCCAGAACAGCCUAAGCAGGCUUGCUUCUUUAACUUCCAAGUCUGCUCUAGAAGUGGCUCAAAAGGCAGCUACCACCCCCAGUCUACUGGCUGCUGAGGACCAAGUGCCCUGUGAGAAGUGUGGCUCUCUGGUGCCUGUAUGGGAGAUGCCAGAACACACGGACUAUCAUUUUGCAUUGGAGUUGCAGGAAACCUUUUUGCAGUCCCACUCCUCAACCCCCCAGGUUGUUCCUGCCAGUUCUCCUCAAAGCAAAAGAAAUCCCAAGAGCCCUUUGGCCUCCAAUAAUAAACGCCCUAAGCUGGAGGGCAUGAAGACACUGAAAUCAUUUUUUAAGCCAUUAACACAAUAGUGCUGCCCUCAUGCUUGCUGCAGGGUUUUAAUAUUUUACCUGUAACCUCAGAGACAGAAAUAUGUUAACUUCUCAAGGAAAUUUAUAACUUUAUGAAAUUUUUAAUAAGAAAAAUAAUCAGGUUAGACGCUGAGUUAAGGCUCCCAUCUCUUUAUAGGAAUGGAUUCUAAUUCUAUUGCUGAUAGGGAAGUAAAAAUUCAUCUUCCAAAGAUACAACUGUUUUCAGUUUUUAAUUGUUAGCAUUUAGGGAAGCAGUGUCAUGUAGUUAAAAACGUCUGGACCUCAGAGCCUAAGAGAUCUGGUUCCAAACCUGGCUCUGCCUCUUGGAACAGGGCCUCCAGCAAGUCACUUUCCUCAUUUUCCCUCAUCUGUAAAAUUGAAACAGUACUUUAUAUUACUGAAGAUUAGGGAAAAUGUAUUUAAAGUAUGUAGCUUAAAGUUGGCACAGAAAAGGAACUGAGUAAAAAAAAUUUUAAAUUUGACUAAAGUGUGAGAUUUAAGAAUGUAAGGUGAACACUUGAAACUCUAAAGUGGUAACUAGUUUAGGGCAGGGCCCUGUACAUAGAAGCCACUCAAUAAAUACUGAGUUUCAUUCAAGUAAACCCUUUUAUAGCCACAAUUUUAGCCACUGGCCCUUCUACCUCUUGUAUUUUGUUUUAAGGUAGAAUAAGAUUAUUACUGGACCAGUUCAGAAACUCUGUUUAGUCAUGAUCAGAACGAGGUCAUCUCUAGGACCUUGUUACUCCAAGUGUGACUUUGAGGAACAGCAGCAUCAGCACCACCAGGGAACUUGUUACAGUCUCAGCCUUACCCCCACCCCACCUGAAGUUGUAUAUUAAUAAAUUUGAGAAAUACUGAUACAACAACAGCC